GAUACGGACCGUUGGCGCUCAUUUCCGGACUGAAAAUGUUGCGUUGGGCGACGGCUCGAGCGAGACGGUUUGGAACCGCGACAGGAAACGUAAAACCUUUGGAUGGAGUUAAAAUCCUAGACCUCACAAGGGUGUUAGCAGGACCCUUUGCCACAAUGAUCUUAGGAGACCUGGGUGCCGAAAUCAUCAAAGUAGAAAGACCAGGUGCUGGUGAUGACACUCGAGCCUGGGGUCCACCAUUUGUGGGAACAGAGAGUGCUUACUUCCUUAGUGUAAAUCGAAAUAAAAAGAGUAUAGCAGUGAAUCUGAAGGACCCUUGUGGUGCCCGUGUAAUAAAGGAUUUGGCAUCGGUUUGUGAUGUGCUGAUUGAAAAUUAUGUUCCUGGAAAACUGGCAGAAAUGGGACUGGGAUAUAAGCACAUUCAGGACGUUGCUCCACACAUAGUUUACUGUUCAAUUACAGGUUAUGGACAAAUGGGCCCAAUGUCCCAACGUGUCGGUUACGAUUCUGUCGUAUGUGCUGUGUCUGGCCUUAUGCACAUUACUGGCCCACAGGAUGGCGAUCCUGUAAGACCUGGAGUGGCUAUGACUGAUCUAGCCACAGGCUUGUAUAGCCAUGGAGCUAUAAUGGCAGGAUUGCUGCAGAAAGAGAAGACUGGAAAAGGUCUACAUAUUGAUUGCAAUCUGCUUUCAUCCCAGGUUGCUUGUCUUACCCACAUAGCUGCCAAUUAUCUUAAUGGCAGAAAGGAAGCGAAACGAUGGGGAACUGCACACGAGAGCAUUGUUCCAUACCAGGCUUUUAAGACAAAGGAUGGCUAUCUUGUGGUUGGGACUGGAAAUGAUCGACAGUUUUCAGUUGUUUGUAAGAUUUUGACCUUACCUGCACUCAGUCAAGAUCCCAGAUUCAAGACAAACCAGCUCCGUGUUCAGAACAGAAAAGAGCUUAUUGAUAUUCUAUGUGCAAGAUUUCUAGACAAGACAACACAAAACUGGUUGGAACUGUUUGAAGGUAGUGGUGUACCAUAUGGUCCAAUAAACAGCAUUCAACAAGCAUUCUCUGAACCCCAGGUAAUACACAAUGACCUCAUUUUAGAAAUGAACCAUCCAACUGCAGGAAACAUAACUGUUCCAGGUCCUGCUGUCAGGUUCAGUGACUUCAAGGUAUCAAAUCCAAAGCCACCACCACUGAUUGGACAGCACACUGUUGCGAUACUGAAGAACUUGCUGGGUUAUAGUGAGAGCUAUAUCAAUGAAUUGCUUGCAGCAGGAAUAGUUGACCAGCAUGCACAUCAUUAAAGGCUAAUCUCUCUUAGACAAUUUAUUGACCUUUCUGAGAUGAACCAACUUCACAGUUCAGAGAGGAUCAUUUACAAUUCUACAAGCACAAAACAACAAAGUAAAUUUCACUCCAAGUUGUUGCAAAGCUAAUCAGCAGUGUUAGAUUUAUAUAGCAAAAUGCAGAAUUCUUAAUGAAAAUAAUGAUGGAUCUGAUCCAUUGCGAAAUAUUUCAUUCACAAAUCUUAUCUCAAUUGAAUUCAAAAUGGUUUAUGUGAAGUCUUAAACAAAGUAGUCUUUUAAGUAUUGAGUACUGUUUAACCUUGUGGAAAUUCAUCCACUUUUAAUGAAUGGAAGGUUAACUUUGACAGCCAGUACAUUGUCUGAUUUGAAGCUGAAAAUAAAUACAAUGCCUCUAUGGAACUACUAGAAACUGCUUUUAUAUUUCAAAUUUUAAAUAUAUAAGACCAUAUAUUUCAGCAAGAUCAACUUCGUAAAAAAAUUUUGAGUGACAGA